AUGGCUGCUCUCCUCCGCACGGCUGCCGCCCUCGCGCCCCCGCCUUCGCCCGCCCGUGACUCCCCGCGCCGGCCAUGCGCCGCGUCCCUCGCCUGCUCCCGCCGGGCACCGGCGCGGCCCCUCCGCGCGCAGCUGCCUGCGGCCGGGCGCGCUCCCGGCCACGCUGCCAGCCGGCUGCGAAGAUUGGGGGCCACCAACGCCGAUGAGACCGCGCAGACGGCCACGCAGGAGGAUACAGAAACUGAAGUUACUGGGGACACUGUUGCUGACGAUGGUUCUGUGAGCACAGAAGAAACUUCAUCUGUUCUCAUCACAGCAUUGCAAUCAUACAAAGAGGCUUUGAUAAAUGAUGAUGAAGCAAAAGUUGCGGAAAUAGAGUCCUUUUUGCUUUCUAUUGAGGAUGAGAAGAACUCCCUAAUGAGCAAAAUUACUACUUUAGAUGCAGAAUUGACAACUGAGAGAGAUCGUAUCUUGAGGAUAAGUGCUGAUUUUGAUAACUACAGGAAGAGGACAGAGAGAGAGAAGCUUUCUUUGAUGAAAAAUGUGCAAGGGGAAGUUGUUGAGAGCUUGUUGCCUGUUUUUGACAACUUUGAAAGAGCGAAAACACAGUUAAAGGUGGAAACGGAGCGCGAAGCUAAAAUAAAUGACAGCUACCAGAGUAUUUAUAAGCAAUUAGUUGAAAUUUUGAAUUCACUGGGCGUUGAAGAUGUGGAAACUGUUGGCAAACCUUUUGAUCCUAUGCUUCACGAGGCUAUUAUGCGAGAAGAGUCAGUGGAGUAUGAAGAUGGGGUAGUCAUCCAGGAAUUCCGUAAAGGUUUCAAACUUGGUGAUAGAUUAUUACGUCCGGCGAUGGUCAAGGUGUCUGCCGGACCUGGCCCUGAAAAGUCUGGAGAUGAUGAUAUAAUCGGUGAAGAUAGUGUAGCGCCUCAAAGGUCCGACGAUGAAGAUGAUGGUUUUGAUGAUGUCGAUGCUGAGUAAUUGAGCUCAUUUGCAAUUUUGGAAACAAUGAGGUCCAGAAGUUUUGAUGUCUUUUUUUUUCUGGAGUGUACCGAGCAGGUUACAGUAUAGAGUUAGAUAUUUUACUCCCCAAAGUGUGCCGGUUCUCCCUUCUUGCUGUUAACAUGGAGUGUUGAUACUGUGGAAAAAAAUUAUGUAUCCUCCUGGUAUGGUCAUUGUUAUGGUUAGGAAUUCUUGUUGCUCAUUCUAGCAACAACAAUGUUAUAUAUAUGAGGUUACUGUGGCUGA